GACGCUGCGGGUGCCGCUGCCAGCUCCGGACGGAGUCGGCGGCCGGGCGGAGGACGGGCAGGCCGACCCUCGGACGCAGCCCCGGGCCGAGCCGCGGGCUUCCUGGCGAGGCAGGGCGGCCGCGAGCCCGGGCGGGAAGAUGUUCAACGUGGAGUCCCUGGAGCGGGUGGAGCUGUGCGAGAGCCUCCUCACUUGGAUCCAGACAUUUAAUGUGGAUGCACCAUGCCAGACCGUGGAAGAUUUAACGAAUGGGGUUGUGAUGGCCCAGGUUCUCCAAAAGAUAGAUCCUGCAUAUUUUGAUGAAAAUUGGCUAAACAGAAUUAAAACUGAAGUAGGAGAUAAUUGGAGGCUAAAGAUAAGCAAUUUAAAGAAAAUUUUGAAAGGAAUCCUGGAUUACAAUCAUGAGAUUUUAGGGCAGCAAAUUAAUGACUUUACUCUCCCUGAUGUGAACCUUAUUGGGGAGCAUUCUGAUGCCGCAGAGCUGGGAAGGAUGCUCCAACUCAUUUUAGGCUGUGCUGUGAACUGUGAACAGAAGCAAGAGUACAUCCAAGCCAUCAUGAUGAUGGAGGAAUCUGUGCAACACGUUGUCAUGACAGCCAUCCAGGAGCUGAUGAGUAAAGAGUCUCCUGUCUCUGCUGGGAAUGAUGCCUAUGUUGACCUUGAUCGCCAGCUGAAGAAAACUUCAGAGGAACUGAAUGAAGCUUUGUCGGCCAAGGAAGAAAUUGCUCAAAGGUGCCAUGAGUUGGAUCUGCAGGUUGCAGCAUUGCAAGAGGAGAAAAGUAGUCUGUUGGCAGAGAAUCAGGUAUUAAUGGAAAGGCUGAAUCAGUCUGAUUCUAUAGAAGAUCCUAAUAGUCCAGCAGGAAGAAGGCAUCUGCAGCUCCAGACUCAGUUAGAACAGCUCCAAGAAGAAACAUUCCGACUUGAAGCAGCCAAAGAUGACUAUCGAAUACGCUGUGAAGAGUUACAAAAGGAGAUGUCUGAACUUCGGCAGCAGAACGAUGAACUGACCACUUUGGCAGAUGACGCUCAGUCUCUAAAAGAUGAAAUAGACGUUCUUAGACAUUCUUCUGAUAAAGUGUCUAAACUAGAAGGCCAAGUGGAAUCAUAUAAAAAGAAGCUAGAAGAUCUUGGUGAUUUGAGGCGUCAGGUUAAACUCUUAGAAGAGAAGAAUACUAUGUAUAUGCAGAACACAGUUAGCCUAGAGGAGGAGCUGAGAAAAGCCAACGCGGCUCGAAGUCAACUCGAGACGUAUAAGAGACAGGUAGUAGAACUGCAAAAUAGAUUAUCUGAAGAAUCGAAGAAAGCAGAUAAAUUAGAUUUUGAAUAUAAGCGGCUAAAAGAAAAAGUUGACAGUCUUCAAAAAGAAAAGGAUAGGUUAAGAACAGAAAGGGAUUCUCUGAAGGAAACCAUCGAAGAGCUUCGUUGUGUUCAGGCUCAAGAAGGGCAACUCACAACUCAAGGGUUAAUGCCUCUGGGAAGUCAGGAAUCUUCAGAUAGUCUGGCAGCAGAGAUCGUCACACCUGAAAUCAGGGAGAAACUUAUUCGUCUUCAGCAUGAGAAUAAGAUGUUAAAAAUUAACCAAGAGGGUUCAGACAAUGAAAAAAUCGCCUUAUUGCAGAGCCUUCUAGAUGAUGCCAGCCUACGCAAGAAUGAACUGGAGACAGAGAACAGGCUGGUGAAUCAAAGACUUCUAGAAGUACAGUCACAAGUUGAAGAAUUGCAAAAAUCUUUACAGGAUCAAGGCUCAAAGGCAGAAGAUUCAGUUCUUCUAAAAAAGAAGCUUGAAGAACAUCUAGAGAAGCUGCAUGAGGCCAAUAAUGAGCUGCAGAAGAAGAGAGCCAUCAUCGAGGACCUUGAGCCGAGAUUCAACAACAGCUCCUUAAAAAUUGAAGAAUUACAAGAAGCUUUACGGAAGAAAGAAGAGGAAAUGAAGCAAAUGGAAGAAAGAUAUAAAAAAUACUUAGAGAAAGCCAAAAGUGUUAUCCGUACUUUAGAUCCUAAACAAAAUCAAGGAGCAGCACCAGAAAUACAAGCUCUUAAAAAUCAGCUCCACGAACGGGAUCGGCAAUUCUAUUCAUUGGAGAAAGAAUAUGAGAAAACAAAGAGUCAAAGAGAGAUGGAGGAGAAAUAUAUUGUUAGUGCCUGGUACAAUAUGGGAAUGACUCUGCAUAAAAAGGCGGCAGAAGACAGACUUGCUAGUACAGGUUCGGGGCAGUCAUUCCUGGCGAGGCAGAGACAAGCCACCAGCACGAGAAGGUCUUACCCGGGCCACGUCCAGCCAGCCACAGCAAGGUAGACAAGUCCUGCCAUUAGAAUAAAAAACACCCCGCAUUCAAAGCAUACUUCUGUUACAUAUAACAUUUCAGGAAAUUCAGCCAGCUUAUAUUUUGUCUGUAUUUCAUGUAUUUAGUUGUUUUCCAUUUGAGGACUUUCUCUCUUCUGUAUCUAUAAUGUUUUAGUUUCUUGGUCCUUUAUUUUGUAGUCCUUUUGGUUCCUUUUAACGUGCCAAAAAAUUUUUAAAUGCCCAAUUAAAAGUGUUGUAUAUUAGUGUAGUACUUUUCUUUGUAUGAAAAUGUCCUUUCCCCAAUGGUGUAGGCUUUGUAAUGAAUUAGAUUUUCUGCCAAUAAUUGAUAUACAAUUUAUAUUCUUUAUUGUGUCUCUGUGUUACCAUGCUUUCUAAGAAUGUCUUUGUUUAAAGGGAAUUAAUCUUUUUAUGAUGUAUUAAUCUGUGUUUUCAAUUGUUUUCCAAAUGCACUUCAAAUAACUUGCAUACUUACUAUGUAAAAUGGUUGGCAAGUGCACUUUUUGCAAAGACAUAAAUACAUUGGCAGAGGUGCUAAUCAGAUCUUACCUAAGGCACCUGAUAGAACUAUUUAGAGGGAAAAACUGAGUUUUCACAUUGUUUUAUAGGAAAUUAAAUUUGUCCAAAGAUUUGGAAACUAUUUUUAAAACAUAAAUAGAAUUUCAUUAUUUCCUACUAUCUUAUUUGCUGGCAGAAGUGAAUGCACUGGUUAGGUUAUUUGGGGAGAAGUUACAGAAGAAAAAAAAUCAGGCAGUGUGUUCAUUUUUCUUCUUUUUUUGGAAUAUCACAGUAACUGAGGAUCAGAUUCUAGCAAUGGGCUGACAUUUCGUUGCAACUGCCCUCCACAUAUAAAAGUAUAUAAAAGAUGUAUUUUUUAUAUACUUAUGAGUCAUAGGUGGCCUUACCUUUGGGGUAAUUUCCUUGUUGACUUGCACCUCAUUUGUCUUACUUAUUCCUUAACAUAAAACCUGCUAUUUCUCAAUAAUUCCUAAUACUUAACAUCUUAGUAUCAGUCGUUAGGAUCAAUAAGUGACUUCUUGUGUCUGAUGUUAUGACAGGUGGCUGUCGUAUUUUUUCUUAAUUCUAUGUACUAGUCUAAGAGUUUGCUACUGAGUAGAUUCUCUUGGGUAUUUGGUUGCCCCAAAGUGCUUACAUUUGUUGACAGAUUAUAAACUAUGUUUAUUUACAUUGAUGAAUGGCUGUCAAGUAAUAAUGAUUGUAAAGCACUUUGACUAUAUAAGGUGCUAUAUAAAUGCAAAAUGUCAUUCAUUUGAUCAUGAAAUGUCUCUGCCUAACUUUCCAUAUUGGCCCCAAAUUAUAUUUCAGUUCCCCUCCAGCCUUUUUCUUGCACCAUAGCCCAGAGCCCAGUAAAGCAAAAAUUUACUGAAACUAGGUCGAUCAUUUGUUUUCGGUUUUGGAUAGGUCACCUAUUAAGAAGAUUUUAUUUCAUAUACUUGCUAUUUAGAAGUUCAGGUUUCAUUUAGUUUUGUGUAUUAAAUACAAAUGAGUAACUUUAAAUCAAGCUAAACAUAAUCAAGAAUUUUCAGAAACUAUAUUCCAGUGUUUGAUUUUAAAUCCUUAUUUCCUUUUUUUUAAUAAGAAAUCGACCUAAAGACUAUUUUAGGUGUUUUCAUUUGUCCUCAGAAACUGUACUUGAAGAAAGGUAUUAGAAUAUACACAGAAAUGACUCCAUGCAUUGUGCUAAUUUUUUACAUUAAGUACAGAAGUCUGAGCUCAGUGUGAGUGCUUCUGCCUGGUAAGAAGAAAAGCAGGAAGACUUAGUAGUAAUGGAGAGAACCAGCGAGUGGAAUGCAUCGUGGGGUUUCAGGAGGGCAAGCAGACCUAAUCAACAUAGAAAGUUUUGACAAUGAAAGAUUAAAAAUGAUUUAAGAUGGGUAACCCUCCCCCACCUCCACCCCUCCCCAUCCCUUUAUUUCACAAAUCAGAGUAAGGAUCCAACAGUUUUAAAACAGGGCAUGAACACUCACCUUGGUAAAAUUAAAAUUAUUGGGAAAUAUAGCUGCAAAAUAAGAUAGAUGAAAAUCAGAGUCCAUGAGCUGUUUGUUAAAUGGAUUAUAUCCCAUGAGAGGAGAGGUUUUAAUUUUAGUUCUCUAUUUACUGUCCCAGUCCUGGUCUCCUACCCAUCCCCCUGCUCAGAUAUGUUUCUCUGAAUGGGAGAGGAAAGUGCCAAGCUUUUAGAAAGAAGUUUUCCGUCUUAUUUUUCUUCAGCAUGCCAUUAUUUUGGUGCUUACGUUCGUAAGUUUCACUCACCUUUACAGUAUGUUUAAAUUUUAGUAUAUUGCUUUCGUUCCAUAGCAGAAACUUUAUUUCUAAACAUUCUGUGAUGUUUUCUUAAAAGUCAGGAAUAGAACUUUGCUGUCCCAGUGAGGACCCCGUUUCCUUUGCUCAGCUUUGGACAGGAUUUUUACAUUUCUCUUUCUCUGGCGAUGACGCUGGGCACACUGUGGAGUCAGCACAGAGUUAGUGCGCUAAGGUUGGGGUUGAGCCAUCACCCCCUGUCUGAGUUCUUGUGAACAAAAAGCUUAUUUUCUGUUUUCCCUCUAACCAGGGUGAGAAAAUACAGAGUUAAUAACUAAAGACUACAAAAGCAUGAAAUUUAUAUUCUGCAGUGUGUAUUUAAGAAGUUUGUAAAGGGGAAAAAAAUCCAGCAAAUAUUAUGCUUACCGCAUCUUAAAAAGAGAGUACGUAAUACAGCUGUACGUAUCUUUAAAAAACUUGCAAAAACCCGAUCAUACCUUUUUUAGUAUUUGUCUGAUUAUUUAAUAAUAACCAAGAAAAAGAAGUACCAAAACAAAGGCUCCAUUUUCUAAAAUUGAUCAGCAUUGAAUUAUUUCUGUUUGAUGGCCCAGCCUGGUAAAAUUGGCUAACGAGAUGAUUCAUUAUAAUAAGGAUAAUACUGUCUGCUGUUAUUUUGUUACGGUCUUACUGCUUUGUCUGUAUGAUAAAAGCUCAGUUGUACAAACUUGAGCUAAAUGUUUCCAGUCAGAAACAUCAGCCCAUAUAUAUCAGCAGUCUUCAGCAAGGCAUGAAAACCGGUGCUGUGCAAACAAACCAGCAGUAAGUGAUUGUGAGGGGAAGGGGGAUUUAGGUUGAAGAAAAGGUACAUUUUAUUUUUGAGCUAUUUUACUCACACUUCCUUUUCAACUGCAGUUUUAUUUAUUCAUAUCUAAUGAUAUGAAAUAUUUUGUAGUGUCUCUUGUGCUCCGACAAGCAUUCAUCUUAAAGAUAACACCGUGUUGAAAACUUGAAAAUCUUUAUUCUGAUAUAAGAAUUUACUUGAAAUAAAAUUCUAAAUUUUUGAAUUUAUCCCAGCUCCCUGCAUUUAAUCUCCAGUGAUCCAGAUCUCAGACUCCAGGAGUGUUACACUUUUCCCCAGUUGGAACACAUGAGGUUUAUCUGAAAAAGCAUCCACAACCCACAGAUAGUGUAAACCUAGUUAGUUUACAGCUACUGGGAUAAGAACCUGUGAUCCUAAAGGGAGAGGAAGGUGCUUGGCAUCUUGCUUUUUGCUAGGGGCAGAAUAACAACAUGCUUCUUGUUGUCUGUUCAUUCAACUAUGGGAGCAUGUUUUGACUUUUUAUCCUUAUAUUACAAAGUGACUCUUUGCCUAGAAAUGGCUGUUGAACUGAUGCAGGAUUGUACUCCUUAACAGUGAGCAGGAGUCUUACCCUUACAGGGUAGGAAGGACUGAACAGAACAAAAUAAGAUGGGAUCUCAGAAUCUUUGAAAAUUACUUUAGCAUGUUUUAAAAUUUUUCCCUUUUUAUAUGUUAAAAGGGCUUUUCCGUUCAAUAAUGAUAAUCUCUUUUCCUAUAGUCCCAACUGUCAAAAUGGCAGCUUAUUUUAGUAGAUGUGCAACCCAGUUUCACUACAUUUAGAAAGCAAUUUCAGAGUUAAUUCUUUGUAACUAUAAUGAUUCGAAUAUUUUGUAUCAUGAAGUUUUUAUAUGAGGGAGGCCAUUCUCAAUGUAUCUGUCAUCCAGUUUUUUACUUUGUAUAAAGCAUAUUUAAAUAAUAA